UUGUGCCUCGAGGAAUACGGCCAGUAUGCUGCCAGACAUCGAUGGGUAACCACGUAAAUUUCGACAGGAUUCGAUUCUCCGUUACGUGAUCCGGUGUUUCCCGCAGCGUUCAACACGAACGAUCAUACAAUUAUAAUCGUCGAGCCACGAAUCAGUCGAAAAAUCGUUAAUUUUCGUGAUCGGGCCGGUGAUAUUUUCUGGUUUGUGAAGUUGUGCCAUCGAAUAAAUUAUUAUAGUUUGCUCAGGCAACUGUGAAAACUGCGACAUAAUUUUUACUCGAACGUACGAUAAUAAUUUUAACAGUGAUUUAAGUCAUAUAAUAUCAAGAUAGCAUCUACAUAAAUUCCUUGGUGAUUCCGCGGUGAUCAAUUUUAAGCGGUAUAUGUUGAGAUCAAGGAACAGGUCUCGUUUGAAAGACUGGAAUUUGAUUGACCAAAUCCGUGGAACGUAGUAUGUACAAGACGUUUUUAACGAAACGUACCGAUCGGAGAAAGAUUUUCCUUCGAUGUAUUAACUGUUGGAAGAGAUAGUAGAGUUAUCGAAGUUGAUACUCGAACGAAGCGAGCGCUAUUAUCUUCUACACUGCUCAGUCUUUAAUCGAUAGCAAGAAAAUAAUCAGCGAAGCAGAAGCUGUAAACCGAUAGAGUGCGGAAGUCUGAAGGUAUAUCUUUAUUACGUCAAAUCUCUACCAACAAGCAUCGAACAUUCUUCCGGUUUGGAUAUUUCAAGGAAAACCUUGAGAACGAAAUUCAGCCUGAAAGGUGCAUAUUGACCAAAUGAAUUAUAUGGAACACCAAACACGUUCGGAAAAGUUUUAGAAACACCCGAACGUUUGGUAAAAUAUUCUUCGUACGAGAAGCGUAAGUCGUAGUCGACGACGUAGUCAAGUUAGAAGGAAGAUACCAAGCUGAAUCUGAAAGAGACAAAAUGUCAUCGAUGAGUCGAACGUUCAAAUUUUGUUAUUUCUUUACGGCUGGUAAAGUUCCCGUUGUUUUACGAAGGCAUUUUCAUUAACGGGAUUGACAGAAAAUUACAUUUUGGAAAAGAUUUCUCUAACCAAGUGCAUUAAGAAAAAGAAAAAAGAACGCAGGAAGCCAAGAAAUCUGUAUCAGACAAAUAUAUUUAAAGAACGUUAUAAAAAUUUUUAUGGCAGUUUUCGCAGCACAUAUAAACAGAAUCCAAAGAAACAACAUGCCUGGGACUUUGAAGAAAUCUCCAGUGCUGUUCUUCUUUUUGUUUCAAAUUCUUUUUUCUGAACUGGCGAUUUGCACUGCCAGUAUGGACAACGAAACGAUUCGACAAUCCAUCAAACCGAUCAUAUAUCCCAUUCCUUUGGAAAACAUGACGAUAAUACCCGAAGAGUACAAAAAUUUAUCUGUGGUUGGAAAAUGUUGUCCACUGGGUGAAGUUCUCGUAAAAAACGGUACUCAGGGCUCGGUUUGUUAUCUGGAUUCCUCCGUGACUGAAAAUUUCUCUCCCAUCUUUUAUGGUUUUAAUGCAUUUGGUUACGAAGUUCCCGGUGAAGUUCGAAGUUCGUUCGUUGCGAUCAUCGGAGAUCCUUGCAAAUACAAAAAGUAUAUUUUAAAUCCAAACAACGAUAACAGAGAUAACAAUUAUUUAUUAACGAACGGUUCUGUAUAUGCACCGAAUCACGAUCCGACAAUGCUGCAACCUGGAAUCAACUACUGUGCAGAAAUCGUGCCAGAUUUAGGACUUCACACUUUUGUAUGUUUUUCUGAAAGUCGCGUAAUAAUCACUGCAGACUCCCGAAUUACAAUCUAUGCCUGCGGCCUUUUAAUAUCGGUGCCGUUCUUAAUUCUUACCAUCGCAGCGUAUUCCAUCACACCAAAUUUGCGAGAUAUUUUUGGAAGGGCAUUGUGUCGUUAUUGUGGAUCCUUAGCGCUGGCUUUUACGAUGUUAGCAAUUACACAGUUAUGGAAUAUGGAGUUGUCGGAUAAAAUUUGUACCAGUAUAGCAUUCGUCAUCCAGUUCUCCUUCAUCGCGUGCUUCUUCUGGCUAAAUGCGAUGUGCAUGGAAAUGUGGUCAUUGGUGCGUGUCUAUGUGGAUCGUGGAACAUACAGAAGGAUGAAACCCAGAAUGUUGUUCUUUUGGUACUCAUUAUGGUGCUGGGGUCCCUCGGUGAUACUUAACCUCGUGUCGAUGAUUAUGGAUCUCAGUCCGAUGAUACCGGCGACUUACGUGAAACCAAACUCCAAGAAAAGUUGUUCCUUCAAAUCGGAAGAUGAAGCAAUACCAUUCUUUUACAUACCAAUUGGAUUGCUUCUUGCUGGGAAUGUGAUUUUUCUCGUUCUAACCUUCGUCAAAUUAACUAAAUAUCAAAGAGACCUCGACUUAAGGCGCCUCGCGAGAAAUCAAGAAUCCGAUCGACUUGAACGAAAGUAUCUUCGACGACUCAUGAGAACCACAUUAGUUUGCAUGAUUGUUUUCGUUUUGAUGGCUCUUAAUUGGACGAUGGAACUAAUAUUUUGGUUCGUCAACGGAGAUUCAUUCGACUGGUCCUCCUUCGAUCUUGUAAACGCUCUCCAAGGUGUUCUUAUCUUCGCUUUAUUUGUUCUACGAAGGCCACCGAGAGACUUUGUGUGGCACAGAAUACAACAACUUCGUGGUAUUAAUCAAGUACCAGAACUGGAAGCUGGAAGCAUGGAACUGUAUCUGCUUCCAACAAUGAACGGUGACUCAGUGCCUAGAUAA